UGACCAUAUUAUGCAUUAUAUAUCUUCACCCUAAUUUACUCUCAUCGCAAUAACCUACUCAUGCAAGAUCAUUAGUAGUACCAGUAGUAGCACUAGAAGCAAACAAUAUAAAUCGGUUGCGGCGGCGGCGAAUAUGGAGGAGGAGCAGAUGGCACAGCUGCGCAAGAUCUUCCGAUCGUUUGACGGCAACAAAGACGGCAGCUUGACCGAGCCGGAGUUGGGGUCACUGCUGCGGUCGCUUGGGCUGAAGCCGAGCCAUGAGCAGCUGCAGGCUCUGAUUCGAAAGUCGGAUACCAACCACAACGGAUUGGUCGGGUUCUCGGAGUUCGUGGCGCUGAUGAGGCCGGACCUCAACGGACUCUUGCAAGACGACGCCAGGUGCCCGUGUUCGUACAGUGAGGAUCAGUUGAGGGAGAUGUUCAGCAUGUUCGACAGGGACGCCAACGGGUACAUCAGCCCGGCGGAACUGGCCCACUCGAUGGCCAAGCUGGGCCACCCACUCACGGUUCAGGAGUUGUUCGGCAUGAUGAACGAGGCGGAUACCGACCGCGAUGGCCUUAUCGAUUUUCACGAGUUUUCCAGGGCCAUCACCUCAGCCGCUUUCCUUAAUAUCAAUGCUUAAUUGAGUGCAUAUUUUGAUAAUGAAUGAAUCAGUAUUAUUCAAAUAGCAACAAGUUCAUAUGCAUCAUGCAUGUAUUGUAAUUAUUUCCAAAAAUACUGAGGUGAAUUAAUGAGUAGGUUUUUGUUUUUCAAUAUACUUUUGAAAUAUGAGAGAUAUAGAUUAGUACUUUUGAAAAGUUCAUAUUACUUUAGUCUAAAGAAGGCUUUUCAAUUGCACUGUACAAAUUAACAGUGUUUUGAACCACAUUUCAGUUUAUUUACAAGAUUACCACCGCCUCUUCAGUUUCAGAUUGAAAAUUUCGAUUUAUUUAUGAAAUAGCCACCCCUCAGACUGCACGUGUCGACCAUCGUAGAAAGGGUGGGGGAUGGAAGCAAACCCGAUUUUGUUCCAGAGAUCUCUUCGAAUACAAACCCAUUUUGCUCCAGAGCUCUUCAACGACAAAGUUGAUUCGGCGCCUCGCCAUCGCACACCUCGCCUUCCCCUAGCCAUCGCACACCUCGCCUUACCUUGCCACCGCACUCCUUACGAGAACUCGAAUCAAUGGUAACGUGCCAAUUGUAUAUAUUUUUUGUCGAUUUUUAUCAUUAUUCUGGAAAUUAGGGUUUGAUCUAAAUUUUGUGUGGCUAUGCUUCAGC